GACUGGCGUACCAUCCGCAGUCCACUGCGCCCGCACUUCACAACGGCGCAGGCUAAAUACUACCUGAUCUGCCGAUGCAGCUCUUCCAUGCUUCUGCAACCUCCGUAGAGAACAUCGGAGGCAAAAUCGUGGCCACGGUAGUGUUCUUUUGACUGGAUCCUGCAGAGAUGGCCGGUUGAGAGAGACCCAAUUGUCUUGUCGCAAAGGUUCGAGAAUCGAGGGGCUUCCACAUCAACCGCAUAUGGCCAAGAAGAAGCGCCAGAGGAUCAGCUAUGUACUGCCUCUGGCAAGUACGCCAGGUGGCCAUCGGCUUGGGGUGAACGGGUUAGCAUUUGACGAGGAUCGCUCAAUACUAUACACUGGUGGCCGAGAUGGAGUGAUAUGCGCAUGGGACCUCGAUUUGGAGGCGCAAAGGUUGAAUCGACAAGAGGCGGACGCAGCAAAAGACAAGAAAAGCACCGUAUCAUUCCGCAAGCAGGUGCAGGCGCAUACUCAUUGGGUCAACGACAUUGUCCUCGUAAAAAAUAACCUGGGGCUAGUCUCUGCUUCAUCCGAUGUCACCGUAAAGCUGUGGCGGCCUCACGCACACGAAUCGUCCCAAGCGUACACCAUCGGCUCUCACAGCGACUAUAUCAAAUGCCUGGCAACGCCCGACCGGACAGCCAACUGGGUUGCCUCCGGAGGCUUAGAUCACAGGAUUUGCCUCUGGGAUCUGAAUGGCGGAGGUAAGAACCUCGAAAUCAACGUGGGAAAGGUAGAGGAUGUGGUCAAGGGAUCGGUGUACUGCUUGCGCGCACGGGGAUCCCUUCUCGCCAGCGGAGGGCCUGAAAGCGUCGUUCGUCUGUGGGAUAUCAAGUCCGGCAAAGGCAUCACCAAACUUGUCGGACAUACGGACAACGUCAGGGACAUCUUGAUCAGCGACGAUGGCGACACACUGCUCACUGCCUCGUCCGACCAGACGAUCAAGGUCUGGUCUAUUGCAGCUGGACGAUGUAUUCAUACCUUGACCAUGCACAACGAUAGUGUUUGGUGCAUGUACUCGGACGAUCCCAAUCUGGCUGUCUUCUACUCUGGAGAUAAAUCUGGUCUGGUGGCCAAGACUGAUACUCGACGGGCAAUGGAGAUUGACGAUGGAGUGUCCGUCGCUGUGUGUCAAGAACACGAUGGUAUUGCUCGGGUACUCCCUGUUGGCGACUCCGUCUGGACAGCAACGUCGAGCUCAAGCGUCAACCGCUGGCUCGACGUCGAUACAGAGCUUGAGGUUGAAACACCUCCUGCGUCCCCACGGGAAGAAAGGACCGCAAGCCCAGAGGCAAGGAGUCAUUUAAGCCCCGAGCCUCCAGCUCCUACACCCCCUCCGACAACGAACGGUACCACGAACGGCACCACGAAUGGCGAAGUCGAACACAAAAAGAAAAUUCCUCACAAUGCAAUUCUACGUGUCUCCAACACAGCCCUCCAUCCUGGCAGGAAGCAUUUGGGCAGACAUCCCAAUGUAUCGGCGACAAAUUUGAGGAAGGCUUCAGAGGCUAUGAUCACGGAUGAUUUGAGUCUGGUGGUUCCUAUCAGGGGCCAACCCGCUGAGACCAUUGAGGGCCAGAAUGGACUCAUCAAACACGUCAUGCUAAAUGAUAGGAAAAGGAUACUCACUUUGGAUACUGCCGGCGAGGUAGUAUUGUGGGACCUUCUCAAGUGCAUCCCCAUCAAAUCUUUCGGCCGUCGUCAUCUUGACGAAGUCGUGCCGGAUGUCAAUACAACUGAAAGCGUUGCUAACUGGUGUGGCGUGGACACGAAGACUGGAAAGAUUACAGUCAUGCUCGAGGAGAACUACUGCUUCGAUGCUGAAGUGUAUGCGGACGAGCUAGACUUGCCCAGCGAUCUUGCCUUCCGCGAGGACCAGAGAAUCAAUCUCGGCAAAUGGGUACUACGCAACUUGUUUUCGAAACUCAUUGACGAAGAAGUUGCUCGAGACGAAGCCUAUAGACGCACACUGCAAAACCCCGUCAGUGCUCCUCCUACCAGUGGUCUUGUUCGACCUGGUGCACCAACUAGCAUCAAACUGCCAGAAUCCGUCGGCACAACGCCCAUGGUGUCACCUGGGACAGUUGUGACGCCUCGUGCAUCGAAUGGCUUCUCAAUGGUGCCUGCAACUCCUGGAUUGGCAAUUGGCGCCGCUACACCUGGCUUUGCGCCAUUAAACACCACACUUCCUCCUACCGCGGAAGAGGAGCCAGCACAGACCCCCAACGGGGCGCCUUCACGGUCGUCGCGCGCGCAAACCCCGCGUGUGCAAACACCUCAUGUGCAGCCAACUCCCUCAGCGACCGAAUCUCAGAGUGUCGACUAUUUCUCUUCAACCAACACCACGGCGAAUAGUCAGUCUGAGGCAUCUUCAGAAAGCGAAAAAGUCCCCAAAACACCUGGAGGUGGUCCUGCAACGGCGGAAUCCAACGUCCACGGUACGCACUCGACACCAACGUCGCCUACCGAGGAGAGGAAAAAGGGCCUCUUUGGCAAGAAAUUCGGCAUGGGCAUGUCCUUCCCCAAGAAAAUGGCGAGUCGCUCGUCUGCAGAAGUGAAGGCGCCUGUUGUAUCAACGGAAGAGAGAUCUUCUGAUACGGCUUCGGUGCGAUCUUCAGAGAAAGACAUCGAGAAGGUCAACAUCGAAGAUAAUUUUUUCGGUGUCGUUCAGAAGAUCCGUCUAGAGUAUGAUGAGCAUCUUGAGUCCAAAACAGAUCAACCACUACCGCAAGGGAUUACUCCCUCCCUGCCGACAGAGACUCCCGUGCUAUACCCACCACCGCACACCACUAUCAUCAUCCAGGAGGAUAACCCAGAGAGUGGUGGUCUGGCGGACCAAUAUAGGGGUGAGAUCAGCGACUUGGGAAACCCUGCGGAGGUAGAUGCACUUGAAAAGAUUGCUCCGAUGUGGUUGGGUGACUUAUUACUGAGGAACCAAAUCCCUUACAAAGACACGGUCAAGGUGUCGUUCGUCUUGCAUCCCUACGAAAACUUGCUCCCGCCGAUUGCUUCGCCUGAUGGCAAUGCUCGGCUCAACGCGAACCGCAUGCUCCGCGCGAAGAAAAUCAUGGCGUACGUCGCUGAGAGGAUCGAAGCACCUACAGCUCAACAUGCUCAAUCUACCGAGACAACGGAGGGACAACAAUCCAAUGAAAUGCAGAAUCCGGACAUAGCGCCCGCUGAAGUAGAAGAGAAUCCAGAGUCUCAGCUCAAGCCAGAGGAGUAUCUGGAACUAUACUGCCAAAACCAACUGGUCCAUCCCAACACAACACUGGCUACGCUACGCGUGCACGUUUGGCGAACGGGUGGCGAUGUGGUGCUGUACUAUAAGAGCAACGGGAGGAAGAAGUUGAAGUUACCCCAUCCUUCACAGGUGCCCACGGAUGUCGAGAGUGAGGAGACGACGGGUGUAGUACGGUAGAACAAAGGAAUGCGGCAAGAACAGAGGCAUGGACUGCUGGGCGUUGUAAAAGCAAUCAUCCAAAGCGAGUGUUAAGUCGACGUGGACCGGAAGGAAGAAGCACUCGAGGCAGGGGAGUGACUACAAAGCUAGAGGGUGAUGCCUUCGUUGUUAGACUUGGGUUGAUGGGAGACCAUUCGAAACAAUAAAAUAAGGUGCAUGGGAUGAUACGAGCGCCCGUCAACACUUGCUCUGAAAGAAAGAAUAACAUUUGCACAAAAAUCACAUGACGUAGG